GUCACGCUGGAAUGAGGGAGUGAAUGUUCCGGGUCAAAAACUGGAAUGAGAGGAAAUUAACCUGAGGGAGUCGGUGGACUCCGGCGCAGAGAUGUAACCGACAGGCAUUUCAGUCUGGGAUACAACGCACUGAGAACGUUGUUUUUCUUUUAUAAGAGUAAACUCAAGGGGAGAAAUUUGACGAAGCAAAGCAAGCAAGCAAACAAACAAAACGAGAGCGCUAAGCGCCGGCCAGAGAAGCAGGGGGGAACCGACGGUGACUGACUCCCGACGUGAACUUUUGUUUAUCUCCCCCAGGAAGAGAACGCCUUGUUUUUUUUUUUAUGUCACCGAAGUUUAUUACAGCCGACGUGUGUUGGAGGAGCUGACCAGGGGCGGGGGGCACCAGUUGAAACGUGCUGUUGGAGUUGCCUCCCCUCCCCAUCGUUCUCGUCCCGGCGGUGUUUUCACUCACGACACCUUGAUUUUAUUUUUUCCUUUGUGACGGUCUUGGGGUUUGGAGGGGGAGAGAAAGGUGGAUUAAUCUCUUUAAAACCCAGAGGGCCGAAAUAAUGUUCCACUGCAUCCCUCUGUGGCGGUGCAACCGACACGUCGAGACGAUCGAUAAGAGGCACUGCUCCCUGCUCUCCGUUCCCGAUGAGAUCUAUCGCUACAGCCGGACCCUGGAGGAGCUUCUGCUGGACGCCAAUCAGCUGCGGGAUCUGCCCAAGCCCUUUUUCCAGCUGAUAAAGUUGCGAAAGCUUGGACUCAGUGACAAUGAGAUUCAGCGACUUCCUCCGGAAAUAGCCAACUUCAUGCAGCUAGUAGAACUUGAUGUAUCCCGCAAUGACAUAAUGGAAAUCCCCGAGAGUAUUUCUUACUGUAAAGUGCUUCAGGUGGCAGAUUUCAGUGGUAACCCUUUAACAAGGUUGCCUGAAAGUUUCUCAGAAUUAAGAAAUUUAACAUGCCUUUCCAUCAAUGACAUCUCCUUGCAAGUUCUUCCAGAUAACAUUGGAAAUCUCUCAAAUCUUAUAUCACUGGAAUUAAGAGAAAACCUUCUUACGUAUUUACCUGAGUCACUGGCUCAGCUUCAUAAACUGGAAGAGCUCGAUUUAGGAAACAAUGAGCUUUAUCGGUUGCCUGAAACGAUAGGUUCACUUUCAAACCUGAAGGACCUGUGGUUGGAUGGGAAUCAGUUAGCAGAUCUGCCAGUGGAAAUUGGAAGCAUGAAAAACCUGCUUUGUUUGGAUGUGUCAGAGAAUAAACUGGAAAGGCUCCCUGAAGAGAUCAGCGGGGUGUCUGCAUUGACUGACCUCCAUGUAUCCCAGAAUCUUCUCGAGACUUUGCCGGACGGCAUAGGAAAACUAAAGAAGUUAUCCAUUCUUAAAGUGGAUCAGAACCGUCUACUUCAGCUGCCUGAGAGCAUUGGUGAAUGUGAGGGCCUCACCGAGCUUGUUCUGACAGAAAAUCAGUUGACUACUUUGCCAAAAACCAUUGGGAAGCUUCGAAAGCUGUCCAACUUCAAUUGUGACAGAAACCGAUUACUGACUUUACCAAAAGAGAUCGGUGGCUGCUCAAGCCUUAAUGUCUUCUGCGUGAGAGAAAACCGAUUGUUCUGGAUCCCUGCUGAGAUUUCACAAGCCACAGAAUUACAUGUCCUUGAUGUUGCUGGAAACAGGUUGAAAUAUUUACCCAUUUCUCUGACUGCUCUGAAUCUGAAGGCUCUCUGGCUGUCGGAGAAUCAGUCCCAGCCGCUGCUUACGUUUCAAACGGACGUGGAUCCAGAAACUGGAGAAAAGGUUUUGACGUGUGUAUUGCUUCCUCAGGUGUCUUCAGAGCCAGAAAAUCAAGACAAUUUGCCUCGCUGUGGAGCUUUUGAAAGUCUGGUUAAUGAUAUAUCUGAUGAGACGUGGAAUGAGAAGGCAGCCAAAAGAAUCAGUGCCAUCCGGUUUUUGGAAGAGGACAAAGACGACGACGACGAUGAGGAGACGGGGACUUUUCUGAGGCGGGCUACGCCACAUCCUGGGGAGCUGAAAACGAUGAAAAAGACAGCAGAGAAUUUGCGGAACGAUAUGAACGCAGCUAAAGGACUGGAUACCAACAAAAACGAGGUCAAUAAAGCUGUUGACAGAGUGACCACAUCUGUGUAAAAAACAAAAAAAUGUUACCUCAGCAACUUUUACCUCCUGUGUGCCCCCCUCUCUUGUUGUCCCUUUUCCUGGCAGUUGCCCGGACCCUCCUUUCUCCAGCUCCUAAUAUCAUCUCCUCCUUUAAGAUGGCAUCUGAUGCUGCUAACUGGAAGAAGGUGCCUUAUUUUUCAACCAGUCAUGGCGGCAACUUUUCACUUUUUAAAAGUGCUUUUUAUCUUCUUUGUUUAGGCAGCGGCACUUCUAGGUGACUUUUUGAUAACAAAAUGUUUAUUUUUGUUUUUACAUGCGGUGAAUACACGUAUGUAUUUGGGCGUUAAUAUGCCUCGUUAUUUUUGGAUCCUGCUGAGUAACGGAGAAAAAAAAAAAGUAAAAAUGUAUAGUUUUAUGUGAAAAAGAUACUUUUAUAUGAUUCUUGGCAGCUCAGACGGUGUAAAUUUUAACAUUUUGUAUAGCAAGUUUGUUAUUAGAUGGGACUUUUUUUUAAUUAAAACUUUAAUACGGUACAUUUAUUUUGUUAGUAAAAGCACCCAAGUUUCCAUUUAUUCUAAUAUUUGUUUGUCCUUUUUAGAAUAAGGGCACAAACCCCGUAGUUCUCUGCUCGACGGCCGCAGAAGUGCUUCUUAAACCCAGCGUGUAAGCUUUAGUGCUCAGGGAGAAAUUUGAUUUUAUUAAAAUGUUUUGUCCUUGUAAUUUUAAAAACGUGUUUUAAUUUGAAUUUCUAAUCUUUAUACAAUUUUAAAAUUUCGAAUCUGAAAUCUUGUUAGCAGAACGAUGCACUUCACGGUUUUUUAUCGAGUCCGUCAUUUAUUCAGUUCAUCUGGUGUUCCGCACGCCUGCCAGAACGCAUUUUAUUUUGAUUUUUCUUUUAGUUGUUUUUGUAAAGGCAAAUGUAUAAAAAAAUGAAAGUGUGGAAACUUUGGUUCAUGUAAGGAUUUUAUAUUGUACCGCACAGUCGAACUCGUUCAGGCAGGGCUUUUGGGCCUGAAGAUUUUCUUACUUAUAACCACUGAUUAAAUAAAAGCACAUUAAAGUUC